AUGGCGUACAUGUCAGAGACGACCAAAAACACCCGUCGCAGCCAUUGGAAGGGACUCAACUUCGCCGGCACAAUUGACUGGGCGGUUGAUCUGCAGAGAUUCACAGUUGACGAUUACAGCACUGACGUCUUGGAGCCCGGUGCUCCCAAACUGGAGAACUGCACCGGAACCUACACCACCUUUGAGGCGAUCAAGCAGGAUGCUGCAGGCUUUUCUGACGAGUGCCGAGCGCAGUACGUUUUGCAGGCUCUGCAAGCCAACCUCACCGGCUCGCUCUCCCGUUACUAUGCAAUGAUGGCGGACGGGUACGACGAGAAAUUCAAGACCUACGCCGACGCGGUGGUUCAGGGCAGCACAAAGGUGGUUGAGGAGUUUAUGCUUGAUCACGGCAACGAGUACUUUGGCUGUAUUGUGACGAAACCGUCACCUGCUGUGACUACUGCCUGGGAAUGUGGCCAGACAAGAAAUACCAGGAUGUAUAUUUGCGAACCCCCAAAGUACCGCUACCGGAACGUCAGCCAGGCGUGUCCUCCUGACUACUCGAAACGAGGCGAGAUGCCUCCAGCCAAGGGGCUCCGGUACUCCCAGUCCGUUUACUGGACGAUGAAUGAGGACAAGGCCGCUCAGUUCUGGGCCGACCUAUACUCUGAGACGGGUGUCGCGCAGGAGGAUAUCACCUGGGAAAAUGUGCAUCACUACUUCUGUGCGCCGACAGAGAAACACUGCGGAGACAGCAACUGGGACUACAACUUCCCCGUGCCCAAGGGUUUUAAGCGGGAGGAUGUGAUCGACCCAAGAGACGUAGUGACGGAGGCCCAUGGACGCCUGCAGGACCUGAAGCCGCAGCUGGACGACGCCGUCCGAAGGGUCAAGGAAGGCACUUACUUGGGGUUAACCGACGAUCUCGUUGACGCUGUCUCACUCCCCAUCUUCAUGGUUGCAGACGCGGUGGAAAACAUGAAAUCAAUCGUCAAGGUGGCAGAGGAGAUGGAUAGGGAGAAGCGCAAGGCAAUCCUCUUUGCCUUCCUGAGCGCCAGUUUCUUUUUCGUCCCCGUGGUCGGUGAGAUCGUGAGUGGGUUGACCUCGCUUGUCACGAUUGGGCGCAUUGUCGCGCUGAUGGGGACAGUCGGUAACGUGGCGUUGGAUAUCUACACGGUGGUGGAUGACGACAAGAAUGCGCCCCUGGCCAUCUUCAACCUGAUCCUUGCUCCAUUGGCACUCUUGGACAUUGCACGGGUGAGUCGCGCAGCCAAUUUCCGCCGCGCGAUGCCCGGCGACGAGUUGAGCAAAUUGGGCGAUAAACUUGCAGCCCGCAUGGACAUGAUCAGUCGUAUCAAGGACAGAUGUUCCAUCUGA